AUGGUAAAAGUAAUGGAGGGGUCAGGAGUCUUUUGGUACCCUCACCAGCGAGCAUACUGCUCAGCAUUCAAGUCGUGGCCAGCAUAUAUCAAUGCUGCCAUCGAUAUAUUCUUCAACAAAGAAACACUUGCUGUUUCAAAUGCAAGAGGAAAUGAAAGAAAAACCAAGAAUGGUGACAUCAACAAGUCAUUGACUCCAAUGAUCAUUGAUGCCCUCAUUGGUAAGUUAAUAUGCUCUGUUUCAGUUUUAUUCAGAAAACCAUUAGGUUCCCAAAAUAACAUUCCCCAAAACCAGUGAUUUAAUUUGGCUGUUGUUAAGCUUGGGUUAGGUUUCUUAAUCCUAAAGUAACAUACAACUACACGGGUCAUUAGUAUCAGAACUCUAAGGAAUACUUUAUAUUAAAAAUAAAACAAAAUUAAUGACAUCUAUUAAGUUCAUUAUCAGAACUUAAAAUGGUGUAUGUCUUAUUUUAUUGAACACUUUACCAAUGGGUUAUUCCAGAAAAAAUCCACACACCCCCGACGGAUGGGGUCCUUUUUUAACCCCCCCUCUCACCUGGAUUUCCUGAAGCACAAGACCCCCCCCUCCCAACUGGAUUUCCAAGGUGGAAGACCCCCCCCCCGCCUGGUUUCCGGGAAAAAAUAAAAGGCUUAAAUUUAAUUUAUUUUUAAUGGAAAAUACACGCAAACACGCCUAAAUGUUUUUGUUUUAAUUUCUAAAGCUUCAGCUUAUAUUAAACUACUGAAUUCUAUCGCGUGGAACUGAAAACGAAAGGAGCAAAAAAAAAAAAAUGCGAAUCGACACCUGAACGAGUGUUUACAUAAUUUCUUAGCUUAUAAAAUCACUCUUGGCGGGGCUCUGGGUACGAGUAGAAAUGUGUCAGGCGUUUGACGCUCUUCGUGACAACAACGUUAUGCGGAGUUCCUUCAGGCCCGUUCUUUAGUAUCUUUUUUGCCUUUUCUGCUAUAAAAGGACCUGUAAAGCAACUUAGAUUAUCAUUUAUGUCAGGUGAGAAAUAUAUGAACAAAACAUUUUGACUAUUUUCAGGGUCUGAAAGCGCUUAAGUGUCAUCGAACUAAACGUUUGAUUUGUAUCAACUAUCGGUCGAAAUGACCCCUACAGAAGACUUUUUAAAGGUCAACCCCCCCUCCUGCCUGGAUUUCCGGAGUCUUCGACCCCCCCUCCCGCGAGAAUUUCCAGAAUCCCAUCCGUCGGGGGGGUGUGGAUUUUUUCUGGAACAACCCAAUAUAUAAAAACUGGCUCACAACAUUAACAUGACUUUAAACUAAUAAAUUUUCAAUUUUUUUUUCAGGAAAAGUUUGUUCAAAGUUUGCCAAGGACUCUCCUGUUCCGAGUCAAAUUAUUCAGAAAAUAAAUAUGAAAUGCGUGGAGGCGAGGCGGCCACAAAGAAUAAGAGUUCCACUUACAACAAAAGAAAAAAACAGUUCUGAUGUGCCAGUUUGA